CAACAUGACCUAUAAUGACGCGAUUCAGCGGUGACGUGGCGUCACUUCCGGUACGUGGAGCCUGUCAGAAAUGGACGACAGUCUUCAGCUGGCAGACGGUGGAUUAUCUAAAAAUGUGGCCAGAUCAGGCCGAAGAGCUCGCCAGGCCGCUGAGAUGAUGAGCGCUGAAGACUCUCGUCAGAGGAAAUCCUCUUCAUCACUCAGUUCUGCUGCAGAGGGUCCUCCACAGAAACCGGCCCGUCGGCAGGGAGGAUGGGCGGAGGAGAGCACAGGAUCCGGGUCUGCCAAGUCUGGAAGACGGCUGGCUGCUGAAGAGCUGGAGGACCGGCGGCUGAGGCCACAAACCCCCGAGGGCUCCGACAAUGAAAGUGACAUCCCAGUGAUUCCAGACCUGGAGGAGGUUCAAGAGGAAGACCUCACCAUGCAGAUCGCGGCUCCACCCAGUAUCCAGGUGAACAGAGUUAUGACCUACAGAGACCUGGACAACGACCUCAUGAAGUACUCUGCUUUUCAGACCCUGGAUGGAGAGAUUGACCUGAAGUUGCUCACGAAGGUUUUAGCCCCGGAGCAGGAGGUGAGAGAGGAGGAUGUUGGUUGGGAUUGGGAUCAUCUGUUCACUGAAGUCUCCUCUGAACUCCAGACGGAAUGGGAUCAAGGAGAGCGAGAUGAGCAGUCACCACUUCCUGUGGCCUGAGGAGGGACGAGCAGCAGGAAUGCGUCUCUGAUCUGGGAGCUUUGACUGGCGUUCUGUCCGAUCUGAAGUGAAGCGUGAGGUUGAUCACACACCUGCUGUAGUUCAGCUCGACUCAGACACUCCAGCUUCCUUUGGCAUCUGCGGCCACUGCCAUUCUCCUUCCUGUGUGUCAACCCUCUCCUCCUUCCCGGCUUCCGGGGUCGGCAGCUCCAUCUGUCCAGAGCCGGCGGGGGAUCGGGCAGCCCUACAGAGGCGUGCUGAGAGGGUCCCGGACCCUUGUGGUGCGUCUGCCGGGGUCUCUCUGUGUUCCUCUACAUCCAAACGCUUCCAUCGUGAGAUUCCGGUGCCAGCUGGCCGGACUCACCUCCUAAAACCAGCGAGGUAACGUCCACCUCCACGUCUGCUUCUGCCGCUCUCCUUUACUCGGCUGUCUAUCCUUCAAAACUCGCCAAUGGAUGAGUAAUUAACUACUCAAGCACACCCUUUUGUCUGAGCAACUCCAUAACGUGAAUAAAUGUUUCUGAUUUCAAAUGAAGUGCCAAAAAACUGCCAUCUCAUUGAUUGAUUUGUAUUUUAUCAGAACCACAUGAUCUUAUGACACAUGAAAAUAUUGAAUUUUCUUCACAAGUUAAUGACUGGAAGUUACGCCACAUAAGAAAAAAAA